ACGAAGCGGGUCUGAAAUUUUUUGUAACAGUCGACAUCUCUACAUUGAUGGCGACUCUCUCUCUCUCUCUCUCUGUCUGCUCGGCCUAGAUCUUGGCGGUGUUCCUCCGACGACGGCUGUGUGAGUGUGGCGUCCUUAAUCUCGGUGAAACGACGUCACUCUAUGGACCGAAGAGUGGUACAGAGCGACGUCGUUUCACCCAUAGACGGCGAAGAUCUGAUCGGCUUCGCGACCCUGAAUUCCGAUAGGUACUCUUAUAUUAUACUGUCUUCAAUUUUGCGGUCUAUUUUCUGGGGAGUUCCUUAAACGGGGCCAAAAUGUAAUUAGCACAACUUUACUGCUAGUUUUCUGAAUUACUGGGCCAAAUGUGUAAAUACGAUAAAAUCCCAACAGAAUAAAACACCGAUAGUUACUGUGCCUAUUUCUGAACCGCUUUUCCCUCCAAGAAAAUUCUCUCCCAUCUUUCUUUCUCUGUUUCACAAUGUCACGCUGGUUUGAGCUCAAGCUUGAUUUUGCUGAAGCUAUUCUGCUCAAGAAGGCCGUAAGAGUCUUCACUCAGGUAGCCUAUUCAGACCGAGAGCUCCCCACUUCCAUGUUCAACAAUUUCAUCCCCAACAACGCCGACCUCCACUUAUCUCCGACCAUGGUCCUACUGGUCUCUACAAACUCGCAUUUUCGGUUUCCGGAAAUGGCCACUGUGCUGGCGAUGAAGCCGCCGUGCUCCUCCGUGUCGAGAUUGUGGUGCUCCAAGAGCUGCCGCACGCUCUGUGUUUCUCUGCACAGGUUGAAAUGCCUACUGGAACGCAACACUGAGGAUUCGGUUACUCUUUAUGGUGAUGAGGGAGCUGUUGAUAGGAUUUUCUAUGAGAUCGGGGAUGAUGAGGGCAUCAAAUACUCCUCCACACUGCCAGUGGUUUCAUCGCGGGAUCAGAUUCAGAUGGACCUAGGGUUCGUAGGAUCUGAAUAUCCAAUGAGGCUUGGCUUGUCUUCAGAGAUUUUUCGUGCCUUUAUCACUCAAUCGGAUUCUCAUGGGUUUAAAGUUCAUGCCAGAGUGUCACAAACCCAAGUUGUGCUCCGGGUAGUGAAUAACGAGAUGGUCUUCAGACCAGAGCUUGGGGUUUGCGAGAUUGAGAGUGAAGGAGGUAGAUAUCCGUUUGUGUUGAAGUUUGAUCUCCAGCACAAGAGAGCGUUUCUCAAUGCUGCUAUGCUGUCAGAGAUGGUAUGGAUACUUAACUCUGCGGAUUUGAUCACCGUGCUGAGCUUCCCUAUUGUUGGCCUGGGUAACCUCAUGUUUACCCAACUGAACCCUGUGGCGCCCAAUUAGUUGAUUUGAGAUGUAUAGAGGCGGUGUCUGUUUUACAAAGUAGUCCAUGUGAGUGGAUUUUGCAAUUCUGCAGUAUCGUUGAAACGUUAUAAAUGUAAAAUCCCUGAUGCAUUGAUAAAAAGGUGCUUAGUAUGACUAUGAAUCUCUGCAUCAUUUCCUUUGUGAACAAUUCUGUUUUACAUAAUGAACAAGAUAGUUACUGGCAGAGUA